CCAUGUUGGCAGCAGGGAGUCCUGCAUGCGUGUCCGUGGCUUAUUGUUUGGUUGCAGUAUGUCAAAAAAGCAGUGGCUUGUUUUUAACAUGACGCGUGCACGCGCAGCCCGAGGGUUUGCAGGUUAGGCGAGCACGCGCAGGUCCAUUUUGUUAAUGAGGUUCGAGUUCGGGAUGGGAGACUGAGUGCUGGUUGCGUUCAUAAACAAAUUUAAAAAAGCAACCCUUCAAGAAGCUUUGUUGUCGAUUUUGUAAAAAUGUAAAAGGAAAUAUCCUAAUCGUUUUGUUAGGAUGAGGUUAAAAAUGUGGCGUUGUAACAUAAAAAUUGAAGCAAAAAAAAAAAGAAAAUGUAAAGUGAGGACACUUCUUGAAUCAUUAAAAUAACAAAUCAUGAACAAGAAUAUAUAUGAAGCUUGAUUGUUGUCGUUCUGCAGUCGCCAUCUUGGCCUGCAGUGCCCUGCACAGUAAAUUGAUGUGAAUUAAUUCUUAUAACAGAACAGUGUUGAUUUUUUUUCAAAUGCUGCCUCGUUAUAAUCAUUUGUGUUGUCUUGUUAAAUAUUCUACACGACUCUGAAUUUAUGCUGCAUUCUGGAUUUGCAUUUUUGCUUGGGAAAAAAAAAUGUCAGCAAUGCACGAUGAAUUGAAGUGUAAACAUCACAAUAUUCAUUUAAGGAAGCAAUUGAUGAUCAUUGAAGCAAUCUGGCCUCAUUGAUCAGGGGAAAGAAAAACAUCAAAACAAUCACGUUGUCGCUAAUGAUGUCAUUGAUCGGCGUGCCGUCAAAAACGUGAUUGGGAUGAUUGGCGUGCUGAGUGAUGAUUUGCUGGUGAUAAUUUGGACGGAAUUUUGGAAUUCAACGCGUGAUGAUGACGACGAUCCACGCUAACGAUCGUGCUUUUUCCACGCACUUGAUUUGGAGGCACCCGGGACACUGUGCGCGCAACAACCCCCCCCCCCCCCCCCCAAACGGGCGCAGCCGUGCACGCGCGGACGUCGGUGAUUGGCCAGAGGUGGAUCAGAUGGUACAUUUCCCCUCUGUGUUCAGUGGCACCUCACAACCACCCCCCUCCUCUCAGCAAAAGGCAAAUCUCCGAUAAAGUAAUGGCAAAAGCACUUGGACUAUAAAAGACAACAAAUCAUUUUCCUCCGGAGUGCGCCCCGUUGUCCACCCAAUGAGUUCCUAUUUUGUCAACUCAACUUUCCCCGUGUCUCUAUCGGGAGGACAGGACUCUCUCCUGGGCCAGAUCCCCCUCUACACGUCGGGAUACAGCGACCCGCUGAGGCACUACUCCGGCGCGGCCACCUAUGGAGGCGCCGCCGCCGCGGCCGCUGCCGCCGUGCAGGACAAGGUCUACCCGGCCUCCUACUACCAGCAGACGGCCAUCUACGGCCGGGCCGCCGGCGGGGGUGCGUGCGACUUCAACCCGGCGGGGGGGUUCUAUAAGGACGCCGAGGGGUCGUGCGCCUUCUCCGGUCGCGACGACGCGCCGCAGCCGCCGCCGCUUUUUGGAGCUCAGGAGCACGGGCAGCGCAAAGGCGAGUGCUUGGGGGAUCAGGGCGCGGGCAUGAGCGUGGACGACAAGUCCUCCGCGCUCAUCUACCCGUGGAUGCAGAGGAUGAACGCCUGCUCGGUCGGCCCGUUCGGCACCAGCGGUCGCAGGGGCCGCCAGACGUACACCCGCUACCAGACGCUGGAGCUGGAGAAGGAGUUCCACUUCAACCGCUACCUGACGCGCAGGCGCCGGAUAGAGAUCUCGCACGCGCUGUGCCUGACCGAGAGACAGAUCAAAAUCUGGUUCCAGAACCGCAGGAUGAAGUGGAAGAAGGAGAACAAGCUUCUCAACCCGCCAAAGACGCCCGAUGAGGAGGAGGAGGAGCAGGCGGAGAAGAAGAGUUAAAAAAAAGGACACUCGACGUGUACAAAACAUGCUGUAGAUAUUAUUCAUGUGUGGCGUGCUAUCUCCUAGAGCUGCUUUUAGAUCUCUCUCUUUGUGCUGUGUCUUGAUUUAGAGACUAUGCAAACAUGUACAGAAAUUUGUAGUGCUUUUGGACCAUGUCGUUCCUCGUAUACGUCCUGUUGUAGGCCUCUGUGCACGUGUUGUACUUGUUCUUCCAGCUUGUACAUAAAAAUGUCAGCUUUAUAUAUCACGAUGUCAUUAUUUAUUGCUGUAACGUGUUUGAUGCAAUAUUUUGUUCAGGAAAAAUUGUAUAUAGAAAAUAAAAUGCCUUUUGAUGUAUAACC